AUGACUGUGAAGGUUAGAGCCAGUUGUUCUUGGAUGCUCAAAGCCAUCCUAAAUCAAAGAGAGGAUCUUGCAGGGAUGCAGGCUUGGAAAGAUAGUUUGAGUGCUAAAAAAUUCCGCAAGAAGAAGAUUUACAUUGGAUUUUUGACCAAUAAUCUAACUGUUCCUUGGAGGAAGGUUUUUUAUGAUAAUGAAGCCAGGCCUAGAGCUGUCUUCAUCACUUGGUUAGCCUGCCACGGUCGUUUAGCAACAAAGGAUCGUUUGAAGCGGUUUGGUAUCCUGGAUAAUGAAAAUUGUGUUUUGUGUGCAGGGACUGAAAGUCUCUACCAUUUACUUUUUGAUUGCAACAAGACUCGCGACAUUUGGAAGGAGGUCUUGCAAUGGAUGCAGGUGGAUCAUAAUCCACAGAGGUGGGAACAUGAAUUAAGUUGGAUCAUUCACAUGAGCAAAAAUAAAAACUGGAAAUCAAGGCUGCUGAAGACUGCGUUUGUGGAGACUGUUUACUCUUGUUGGAGUUAUAGAAAUGCUAUUGUAUAUAGAUCCGAUGAUAGAGAUCGGAAUAGGAGUAUACAUAGUGAGGUCAUAGAUACCAUAGUGCAUAGGAUAUGGAGAAAACCGAGCCUUAGAGAAAAAAUUGCUCCUUUUCUUCUUUAA